GGAGAGGAAUGACUGCCUACUUUUUGCCACGAUGAGGUUCGAAGCGCAAGCAGUGGUAGUAGGCUGUUCUGCCAGGAUCAUGGUUAUCUUGUCCGCUUUAUAUGUUACUAUAAGACAACGGUAUCUUUCUUUGACAGUUUUAAAUAAAAGUUGCAGUCCAAACUUUUAAAGUACCCGAUAAAGUAAACGACGUGGAAGCUGUAACUAGGCAACCACUUAUUUUGUUUUUAUCGAAACUUUUUUUAAUCCAACGUUCCAAAGCGGGAUAGACCCGCAGACUCUUUGAAAAGCCAACAAACAAGACUUCUGAAAAUCUGACGGCGCCCGCAGUUUAAAGACAGAGGUGGACAGUGCUUGUUGCCUAUUAUAAUUAUGUAGUUUGUGCAACAAACGUGGCUUGGGAGAUGGACAAUAACAGCGUUUACAGCAAGUCGGCUGAGGACAGCUGCGACUCCACUGCGGGCGGUGAGCAGAAUAAUAAUAAUACAACAGGUGGUCUGGACGAAGUGCAGAUGUACUUAACCUGCCUACCAGAGCGGUACAUGCAGGCAAAGUUCACCUUGUCAGCUUACAUCCUUUGCUGGACAGUGCUUAAAUUAUGCCAGAGGCUGAGAUGCUCUCCUGUCCUGCAACAGACCCAGGAAGCUCUUGAGGACUCUGCGAAUGACAGCGAGCACCUAGAGGACGGGGACGUGGGCCAGAACCCUCCGGAAUGGGGCGAGCAGACGCAGGACGCCGUGGACGAGCGCUGUGACUCUCGCCCGUGGCGCAGUGACACUUCCACCGAAAGCGAGGAGGACUGCUUCAGGACUGCACAGCUGGGAGCCGAGGACUCUUACCUGGGAUGGCGUCUGGAGAAGAGCUUCCACCCCCCGGAGUGUAGAUCACGGCCUAGAGAAAGGAGCCCGCGCGUCACAUGCAGCACAGAGACGCACAGCGGACGCGGUGCAGAGACACAGUCCACAGAGAAACGCAGCGGACAGAGCACAGAGACAUACUGCACAGAGACGCACAGAACGCCAAGCACAGAGACAUACCGCACUGAGACACACAGAAGACAGAGCACAGAGACAUACUGUACAGAGACACACAGCGAUCACAGCACAGAGACAUACUACACAGAGGCGCACAGUGGAAAGAGCACAAAGACACAGUCCACAGCAACCCACAGAAGGCAGAGCACAGAGUAUCCUGCAAGAACCAGCACAGAGAGGCAUAAUACAGACAUAAACUACACAAAUACACACAACACAGAGACACAUUGUGGACACAGCACACACAACAUUAGGACGCACUGCCCAGAUGUGUGCAGCACAGAGACAAAUCAAAUACAGGUGCACAGCUUACAGACACAGAGCACAGAGAUACACAGUGCCCAGGCACACAGCAUAGAAAAAGAUAACACAGAGACACUCAAUACCAAGACUCACAGCACAGAGGCGUAUAUUACAGAGACAUGUAGUUCAGAGAAGCACAGACCGCAGACCACAGAAACACAAAUCACAGACAGACACAACACAAGAACUCAGAGCACAGAGGCAUUCAGCACUGAGACUAUCAAUACAGAGAUAUACAGGGCCGACAGUCCGGAGAUAUGUGAGCGUCAAAGCACAGACACACACCUGCAGAUUCAUAACAGUCUCACAGAAACGCAAGAGUGCUCUACUAGCCUCCUGUCACAGGUGGUGAGUGAGGAUGUAUGUGCGGGCAGUGUGCCAGAACAGACUGAAUUCUCCAGGCCACAUAAGAGUGUGAACAGGAUAACCCUCACAACAUCUUUUGAGGAGGCGGGACUUCCUCCCUUCAAAGACGUUAGUAUUCCUGGCACCUCAGAGGAAACCGAGGCCUGCUGUGACCGUGACGGGGUGGGCUUUGCUGUGGAACACAGAGACGUGGGCGUGGUCUCCCCUGACCUAUUCUCCUCAGCACAGCCCUGCUCCCGACCCCCCCAAGACUUUGGGCUCGAUGACGAAACAGAAAUCUGCCAGCUUAUCUCCGAGGUGCUGGGGUUGCUGAGUGACAGUGCUGAGGAGGAGGGUGGUGAGGGGCAUGCCCCAGUGAGGUCACCCUGCUCUAAUCCCUGCAGACGGGUCAGCGCUGACAACGAGCAGAAGGCGAGCCCGCUAUCCCCCCAAAGGGACCAUGCGGUCAGUCACCCUGAGGACACCAGGCCUGCAAAUUCCUCAGUGCUGACUUCAGAGGCCUCUCUUGGAGUGGGGAGGGCAGACCCUGCGCUUGACCCGCUGGGGCGACAGUGUGACCAUGGCUUCCUUUCUGCACCACAGGCACUCUGUGUAGAAAGUCCUCGCUCUCCCCUUGAGUCACACUCAGAUGCAUUCAAGGUUUCUGAUGGUCCUCUACUGAAUGAUGAAGACGGUGCUCACCCUUCAUUCAAGUUAAAGACAGAUGCAUUCCAGCUUUCUGUUGGCUCUGUAUUUCACAAUGUAGAAAGAGUUCACCCUCCUGCUGACUCACACACAGGUUCAUUCAAGCGUUCAGAUAGUCCUCUAUUGCACAGUGUAGAAAGGGCUCACUCUUCUCCUCUGUUAAACACUAGCUCAUUUGAGCGUUCUGAUAGUCCUUCAUUGCACAACCUAUGGAGUGCUCACUCUUCCACCGAGUUAGACACAGGUUCAUUUGAGCUUUCUGAUGGUCCUGUAUUGCACAGUGUAGAAAGUUCUUACUCUUCUCCUGAGUUAAACGCAGGUUCAUUUGAGCUUUCUGAUGGUCCUGUAUUGCACAGCGUAGAAAGUGCUCACUCUUCCCCCGAAUUAGACACAGGUUCAUUUAAACUUUCUUAUGGGCCUGUAUUGCACAGUGUAGAAAGUGCUCACUCUUCCCCCGAAUUAGACACAGGUACAUUUGAGCUUUCUGUUGCCACAGCACUGACAUCAGCUACAGGUGAGCCAUCGCCUCAGAUCCCAGAGCAUCCAAACGAGUCCAACGGUGACAAAGACACUGACUCUAAUAAGGGGGACACAGCAAGCACCAGUGGCUCAGAUCUGGAUGAUAUACCAGUGAGGAGGAUAGAGAUUACGCUAGGGACCAACUCCACAUUAUGUAAACAGGUGCAAUCCUACUUGGUUCAGCCUGAACUGAACGGGGUGCCCAAGGAACACUGUCAUGCCUCACUUGACUGGCACUCUGACUCCAACAACAACACCAAGACCCCAGCAGAGUCCUGCCACGGUGGUCCCCUCACUCACCUGGAGGUCACAUUAGCAAGGCAGUCAGCGAACAUUAGAUCAGAAGAGGCAGGCGGUCGCUCUCGAAGCAACGCCCUUUGGGGGGCCCCAGACAGGGAUGCUGGGUCCUCCAGCAGUGCUCUAACAGUAGAAGACCCACCUAGAACUCUAAAACACAAACUCAGUUGGAGCAGCGAGAACUGCAACGACCUCAAAGGCAUCUACUGUGAGCUUGACAAGUCGGAGAUACAGGAGCUGGAGAGGCUUCACCAGCAGGGGAUGCUAAUAGAUGAAGUUAGUGCAAUUAAUCAGGACCUGCACGCACACACUCCCAUCCAACCCCCACUCAGAGGCCCUCUGCUUAGUGAUUUGGUGGAUGGGGACAAUGUGAGCACUGCUAAAAGGGUCUUGGGCUCCCAAUCGCACCUGCAGAUCAAUGAUCCAGAGAGACUUGAAUCUUUAGCCUGUUACUUGGAAAGCAGGGGCAUACUUUUGCACACAGAAUCAGAGGAGGAGGGAGACACUUCAGAUUUAUUGUCAGAGACGUUGGGUGACUGUGUUCUCUCAGGGGAACAUACUGAAUCCAGUGCAUUGCAGGGGGUAGUGACAGACAGCGCUGAGCCUGUAUCUGAGGACAGGCCCUCUACCCCCUCUCAUCUGAGGGGUUUUUGUGAACACUCAUCCAGUGUAUGCUCUCAGCAGCAGCUGACCCUCACUUCUGACCUAGAUGACCAGAAGUCUAUGACCUUGGUGCCCAACGGAGACAUGGCUAACGAGAAACACUGUAGCCCUACUAUCAUCUCACAGGACCUGGACACCACCAGCACCAACAGCGAGGAGACGUAUGAAAACCCCUCCUUCCUAGGCAGCACCCUCAGCCUCCACAGUGCCACAAAGGUCAAGGGGACCAAGAAUGGCUCUGGCAGCAAGGGUUCCAAAUUCUCUGUCUUCUCCAAGAUGUCUUCAUUUAGGAAGGGCAAAGCAGCGGUGCGGGAAAGCAAGGGCAGGCAGGACUCUCAGGAUGGGGCUGUGGAGAGAGGGGAGGACGGCACUCCUCUCUACAAACUGCAUGCCCCCUUCUACAGAUCGCACUUAUCCUCCAAUGCUCUGCAGCUGAAGGAGGCGGAGCCACAGGUUGAGAACUCUGAUGAUGAUGUCUUUAGCAAGGAUGACAUUCUCAACCAGACUAUGGAGAGGGCAUUCGAGGUUAGCAGUCAUAACCAUGACGCAGAGGAUCACGGUUUCUGCCCAUCCACUCCACGCACAAGGCACGUCCGACAGCUUUAUGAGCAGGGCGCAAAUGACCAGGACCCGGGGAGCAGCCCCGAGACACCCCCGCCACAAGAGAGUGUAAGCUACAAGAGGAGCAAGAGCAGCGAUAGCUUGAACCUGCGCCUCAGGUUUGCCCAGGCCCACAAGUCCCUGUCGAGCUUCUUCGAGUCCAGAGCCAACGAUAAGGAGAUUGAGGAAGAGGAGCGGCCCCAGCCUGAGGGCGAUAAGGCGAAGGCCAAGCAUGCUCGGAGGAAGUUGAAGAAGGCUAAGGAGGCAGAGCUUCUGAAACGAGCCCUUUCAUUGUCGGAAGCAGACGGGGCCAAACCAAGCUUCCGGACCCAAGGCUCAGCCUGGGAUAGUUCAAGCCCUCAGGACUCUCCCUCCAGCUUGCGAGCCACAUGUCACACUGACCCCCUGAGUAAGAGGGGAGUGCUGCAAGAGACUGCAGGGGACUCCCCUGGGGAGAGCCGGCUCGAAAGCAGGUGGAGGAGGGGUCUGCCUAAUGGACUGUCGGUCCCCGGCCAGUCGCCCGACUCCAGCCAGCACUCCUCAGACUCUGAGACUCCGACCCUGGAGGACUCUGACCUUCUGUCAUCUGUGAGCCCAGGUGCCACAGCCACCCUGUCCGACCAGCUCACCCCCACUUGGGACGGCCCGCUCAGACCCAUGAGCCCUAAGCCCCAGAGCCCCCUGCCAGGUGGCCAGCGCAGGAUUUUCCGCUACCCCUCUUCACGGGCCAGUACCAUGUCCCUCAUCAUGUUGGGACAGGGAGCUAGUCCAGAGGGGCUUUUCGACCCCCCAAAAAAGCCAAAGUCUCUGAAGCCCAGAGCGGCCCCUUGCAUGUCCCUAAAUCCCCCGGAUGCAGAAUGCCACCAUGAGGACAGAAUGAGCAGCCAGUCCCAGAUCAGUCUGGUUACCUCUAUGUCUGUUAACGAGUUUGAGCUCAUACAGGAGGCUAGUAAAGCCACCAGCCUGGACCAAGGGAAGAGACUACUGCCUGAGUCGGGCAGCUCCACUCUGUUCCAGCGUCAGCGGGCGGGGUCCUGUCCCAACCCGGGGGCCAGGCGAGGAGCGGGGAGGCGCCGGCGAUGCUGCUCGGAUGACCUGUGGAUCGAGGAGGAGAGGAACCGCAAGAGGAAGCUGGCCAGGGUGGCCAGGGCCGGCCUCGGCCGACUGAGUGGCCAGCUCCAAGGAGAGCCGGAGAAAGCACGUGGACGGCUCUCCCUUACCAACAUGGAGCCAUUCCCCUCACUACCCCUGAAGGCCCACUGUUUCUCCAAGAGCACCCCCAUCGGCCUGGACUGCCUGGGCUGGACGCGUCGGAUCUCCUAUCCCUCGGUGGUCAUUCCUGAUGGGGCGCCAGAUAAGGCCUGUCUGGGGGAGGACCUGGAGAGUGAGGAGGACCUGUACGAGGAGUUCCGCAGCACUGGCCACCGCUUCGGCCACCCCGGAGGAGGGGGGGAGCAGCUCGCUAUAAACGAGCUGAUCAGCGAUGGCAGUGUGGUCUACGCCGAGGCCCUGUGGGACCAUGUCACCAUGGACGACCAGGAGCUGGGCUUCAACGCCGGCGACGUCAUCGAAGUAGUGGAUGCCACCAACAAGGAGUGGUGGUGGGGACGGAUCCUUGACAGCGAGGGCUGGUUUCCGGCCAGCUUUGUUCGGUUACGCGUGAACCAAGAUGAGCCGAUGGAGGAGUACAUAGCCAAGCUGGAGGACGCGCGGGAGGAGGACAGCGCCUCCCCGGGGAGGCUGCUGGGCCCCGGCCUGCCUUGCAAGGAGCAGAUGAGGGCCAACGUCAUCAACGAGAUCAUGAGCACCGAGAGGGACUACAUCAAGCACCUGAAGGACAUCUGCGAGGGCUACAUCAAGCAGUGCCGUAAGAGGACGGACAUGUUCACUGAGGAGCAGCUCCGCACCAUCUUUGGCAACAUCGACGAGAUCUAUAGGUUCCAGAAGAAGUUCCUCAAGGGCCUGGAGAAGAGGUUCAACAAGGAGCAGCCUCACCUGAGCGAGAUAGGGUCCUGCUUCCUGGAGCACCAAACAGAUUUCCAGAUCUACUCCGAGUACUGCAAUAACCACCCCAACGCCUGCGUGCAGCUGUCCAAGCUAAUGAAGGUCAACAAGUACGUCUUCUUCUUUGAGGCAUGUCGCCUGCUGCAGAAGAUGAUUGACAUCUCAUUAGAUGGCUUCCUGCUCACCCCGGUGCAGAAGAUCUGCAAGUACCCUCUGCAGCUGGCCGAGCUGCUCAAGUACACCAACCCCCAGCACAGAGAUUAUAAAGACGUUGAAGCUGCUUUAAAUGCUAUGAAGAACGUUGCCCGGCUGAUCAACGAGCGGAAGCGUCGACUGGAGAACAUCGACAAGAUCGUCCAGUGGCAGAGCUCCAUAGAGGACUGGGAGGGUGAAGAUAUCCUCAGCCGGAGCUCAGAUCUGAUCUUCUCGGGGGAAAUGACCAAGAUCUCACAGCCCCAGGCCAAGAGUCAGCAACGCAUGUUCUUCCUGUUUGACCACCAGAUGGUGUACUGCAAGAAGGACCUGCUGCGCCGGGACAUUCUUUACUACAAGGGGCGGAUGGACAUGGAUCAGAUGGAGGUGUUGGACCUGGAGGACGGCAAGGACAAGGACCUGAACGUGAGCGUGAAGAAUGCACUGAAGCUGCGGUCCGUCGGGGGCGAAGAGGUCCACCUGCUCUGUGCCAAGAAGCCCGAGCAGAAACAGCGCUGGCUGCGCGCGUUCACCGACGAGCGAGGGCAGGUGCAGCACGACCGUGAGACAGGUUUUUCCCUAACAGAAGUCCAAAAGAAGCAGGCCAUGCUGAACGCAUGCAAAAGCCACCCAGCAGGGAAGCCAAAAGCGGUGACCAGGCCCUACUAUGACUUCCUGCUGCGGCAAAAGCACCCCACCCUCCCUACCGCCCUGCCCCAGCAGCAGGUCUUCAUGCUGGCCGAGCCCAAGCGCAAGUCCUCCAACUUCUGGCACAACAUCGGGAGGCUGACGCCCUUCAAGAAGUGAGGAGGGGAGGGAGGAUCCAUGUUUGUGACUGAACUUUCACUUCCUUUUUCAUUACCUGCAUUGGUUAUUGAUAUGGUAACUAUCACAACGAUUAUGAUGUUUCUUUGAGAAAGCACUUUAUUGGUUGGUUACAAUCAGACUUUGAGAUUGACUCCCGGACUCUGUAUAUAUAUAUUGGGAGGGACAUUACAGCUUCUCAGCUCCAGGACUACAAGGACACCUCCUCUACUGCUUCAGCUGCAGCGCCCACCCGUUAGUGCUAAUACUACUACUGCUUCAAGUGAUCGCCUAACACUUCUGCAGCGUCUCUUUUCUCAAGGGACCUCUACUGAAGGAUCAAUUUUUUCAGUGUUUCUUUUUUUUUCCAAAAAAUGCCAACUGUUCACAGUGCCAGAUAAUAGUUUUUGUAUUUGUUUUUUCAAGUGAACCGUGUUAGCGUUCGAGAUGAAAAAAGGGUUGUGCUUAAUGCAAAGCUCCAUCUUUGUGGGACGAUCUACUGAACAUGAGCAUUUCAAGCUGGUUUAUUCUCAAGGGAUUUCAGAGAACUGGUUGUCGUAUUUGUGUCUGUGUGCAAAUGAUUCAGAGGGUAUUGAUCCCAAAGAUUUUGUCCCGGAAACCCACUUUGAGGUUCUAAUGUCAAGCAUGGCAGACCAUUGACCCAUAUCUUGCACAGUUCCCUGUCCUUUAACGCAUUUUUUGUUUGUCUCUGUAUUUGCUUAGCCUUACCCAUGAAUCCUGUUUAGUUUUAGUGUCUGCAGCUAACUAAUUUUCUUAAGUGCCAUUCAAUGCAUCAACAGGAAAUGUUAGGUGGUACUUGCAUGGAUUGUUUUGAAACAAGGUAUUAACAUUUUUAACAUAUUCUUUUCAUCUUAUUAAAAGCUCACUUUCACUCAUGUGGUCAGCUCAUCAAAGGUUGAGGACGUAGGUUUCUUGUUGCCAUCUUGCUGCAUCAAGCAGGUUCUUGUGAAAAGAUAAAAAAGUCAAUGUUUGGAUUUUUCUUAUAAUACUGUACCUAUAAAUGCAGGUCAUUGAUCAUGAAAUACUGUGCAUGUCUAUGAAAUAGAGACAUUUCACUCAGCUAGAUGAUUAUUUUCAUGAAUCAGUUUAAUUUUUACAUUUAGCAUAGCAUAAACAAGCUUUUUCUUAUAUGUAUACAUGAGCCUAAAGCCAUGUCAGACAUAUCAGGACCCUUUGACGGAAACGCAUCAUUCCACAGAGACUCAAACCAGUGCCCAGACAGCCUUUGUUUUUAAAGACGUCCCGUGACGUUUGAGCUGGUCAAGUCUGCCUUGUGAAGUUGGCAACUAACCAAAUAUUUAAUACAAUAUAUUUUUAAAAUAAAGAAAACAAAGCAAGAAAACCUACGCUCAAACAUGUAGAAUUGUAGAAGGAAAUGUGCCUAUACUGUAAUAAAGAUUGAAUCCAUAUUUUUAUUUCAUAGCAUGUGUAUAUAUAAAAAAGAAAAUGAUAGAAAAUAGAGAGGUACAUCAUCGCAGAACAUUGUGUGCAUCUUUUUAGACAUGUCAAAAUCUUCUAAUUUACUGUGGAAUAUUCAUUUGGUACUGCAGGAAGUAUAUUGGUAAUUGUGACUAAAGUGUAACUUUGUUUUGCCUCUGAAGAGGAGCCUGAAGAUGAAUGGACAAGUUUAACAAGACCUGCCACGCCGUUCCACUGUUUGUGAAGUGGGAGAAUUGCACAUUGUUUUGUUUUUGUCUUACAAGUGCUGUUGAAAGUAUAAGGCUUUAAAUUCUAUUUUUAGAAUUUAAAUUCUAUCUUUCACCUUUCACUUUUUCUUUUCAGUUCUAGACGAUACUGACUGUUUGGGUUCUCUGGUUCAUUGUUGUAAGCGGUGGAUGAUGCACACCACUGUUUAUUUGCAUUAUUAGUGCAGGGAUGAAGUCAUCAGGAUCGUAAUAUGAGAAAUGCUUCGUUUUGUGAACGAACACAGCAGCAUUUGACCCUGUAACCCCGGGUACUUUAUUCAAUCCAUAAUGUACUGAUUGGAAUAUUUCAUCAUCUCUGAAAUGUAACAUGAACUUUACCCCACUUAUAGCAUAUGAGAGGUGCUUUUGCUAAAGUGAAACAUGCAGGAAGAUUAGGGGCCUUGUGAAUUGGACUAAAAAGUACAUUUUAGGGAAGUGAAUUUUAGCUAGUAAAAUAAGAAAAUUGAGAACCUUAUGCCUGUUUUAUUAUUCAUAUGUGGAGUAACCAGUGCAUUGGUUUUUCUGCAUCAGCCUAGGAGGUGGUCCAGAAUUAAAGCAAAUCGGAAAGGGAAAACCUCCCUUUAAACAUGCAAAACACUCUGAACUCUGUUAGGCUGAACCAGGGGAGAUGACAGAGGGAGAGAGGGACAGAGAGAGAGAGAAUCAAAAGAGGCGCCCUAUUGGGGAUGACUGGAGACAACUCUUUUCUUCCCCUACUUUUGUCAGAUUUCAGGGCAAGAGUGAGUGUGCAAGUGUAGUGCCAUUUCUGGUUCUGUCACAUGGACAUCAUUUCAGAUGCCCAGGUCUUCACACUUCCCAAGAUGAUUCUUGGCUGCAUUUAGAUUUUCUUUUGUAAUUCCAACUGGCAAAUAGUUAUGGAAAAUGGUUUUAAAAUGUUGUGAUAUAGUUUUGGAUUCUGCAUGCAGUGAUCACAACCCAUUUCUGCUUUUCUGAGAUGGGAGCAGUUGUCAAAGCUUGAUCUUUUUUUAUCCAAAAAAUAUUGUAUUACAUCAUAUAAUACCCAUAAGUAGGUUCAGCAUAAUAUGCAUGUAAAAUACCUAAAGAUGUUUCCGAACUAAAUUAAUGCUUGUAUGAAGUGUGUGAUCUGGCCUCUGGGUCCUUGAACAAACAUCAUCUGCUCAAUGACGCAAGUAAUACAGCGCUGUUGGAUGGGCAACAAUCUCUCCGCACUGGUUACUGUCAGGUAGCUGAAAUUAAGCUGCCUUUACUGUAUGUGUUGCUUAGGCAACAGGCUUUGUGAAAAAAAAAGUAAUCCUUUCAUGCAUCGUUAUUCAAGGGCAGAGUACAUGCACUGAACUCCAAAUGGCACUGUGCUGUGUCUCUGGGUAAGAAAAUGCUUUACCCAAGCAAUCGAAUGCUGUGCUGUCAUUACAGAAUGAUCAUUUUCUCUACAACCGAUAACAUUUUGAGCAACUCCUAAAAUGAGUUUAGGGUAACCCAAUGAAAUCCUCAUCGUUUCCCGACAAGAAAGAUGAGGUAACUUUCCACGUGUUUUAUUUAUUUUUUUGAAGGGCAAAAAUAGCAGAAUGCAUUCUCCUGAGGUGUACAUUCUGAGCAAUCUUCUGUCUGCUUACUGAUGAAUAUUUAAAACAUUAGUCAAUAAAAAGCAGUGGUUCUCGAUACAUUGUUGAAACCAAGUCUCUGGAAGGCAAAGCACUGAAUUGGGGAGAAUGCCAGUGAUUGUGGGCUUGCAGCAACGUUUUCUAUCUUGCCGUGAGCUAGGCACUUGUGAAAUUGCAUAGUUUGUGUAAAAUACAAAAAAGGAAAAAAAAAGUGUUUGUACAUUACCUUUGUAUGUGUAUGGUUGUUUACAUAUGCACUCAGAUCAGGAGAGAAUAAAAUCAUUCAACAUGUA